AUGCCCACCAGCACCAUAACCCCCAAACAAGCCCGCUCCAUCACAAUCCAACUCGACAACGACGCCACACCCCUCGGCGAAACCGACCUCGCCAUCUCGGAGCUCCAAAAGGUCGCGAAAGAAGGCAUCGCGCUUGGCGCCGGCGCCGCCGCAAUCCUCCUGCAGAUUGCACACCCACUCGUCGGCCAGGGCGUCGCAGACCAUAGCACCUUUGCCUCCCGCACCAUCAGCCGCACGCAGUAUACGCAGAUGUACAUCUUCGCCAUGAUCUUUGGGACAAACCAAGAGAAGGCCGCGAUGAAGGAGUGGGUCGAUAAGGCGCACUCGCGGGUCAAGGGGGAGGUUGCGCGUGGACUUAGGAAGAGCGAGGUGUAUGAUGCGAUGAAUCCUGAGUUGCAGCUUUGGGUUGCGGCUACGAUUUAUGUGAGUAUGGUCGGGAUGUAUGAGAGGGUUUAUGGGGAGCUCCCGCCGCUCAGGGCCGAGCUUGUGUACCAGGCGUUCGCGUGCAUGGGGACGUCUUUGCAGGUUCCGAGGGACAUGUGGCCCGUUGAUCGCAAGGCGUUUAAGGUGUAUUGGGAUGAUGUCGUAAAUAACCAGCUGGAUGUUACUGCUGAUGCGAGGGGUGUGUUGGAUGAGUUGUUUCAUCCGAGGGGCUUGCCUUUGUGGGCGCGGCCGAUUGCUUGGGUGUUGUUGACGAUUGUCCGGCCUGUAACAAUUGAGCAGUUGCCGCUGAAUGUGAGGGAGGUGUUUGGGCUCAAGUCUACCAGGACUACGAGGGCGGUUACAAGUCUCUUUAUGAGUACGGUUGCUGUGACGUAUCCGCUUACGCCGGGGUUUAUACGGCAUUGGCAGAAGGCGUACUCGAUGAGGCUGAUGAGGAAGAGGAUGAGGAGUCGAGGGGGGAAGUUGGUUAAAUUGUAG